CACCGAAUUUGUACAGCUACUUCAAGCAACGUACCAUGGCAACUGGUGCGAAUGGAGCCGCCGGUGCCUUCGGCACUGGUCCCUCCGCAGGUGGUUUUGCUGCUGCGUUGAAACCGGAAACGUUUGAUGGCUCGUUUUAUAAGAGGUGGAGGUCUCGGAUGAUACUGUGGUUGAUAGCGAUGAACUGCUCUCAGGUCGCACAGGGGAAGCCCGAACAGUACACUCCUGAGGAGGAGAGUCGGUUCGAGGCAGCCGAUAACCUGUUUCGAGGCGGCGUGAUAAGUGCUCUUGCUGAAAAAUAUGUUGAUUCCUACCUCUCUUAUAAAACUAGCAAGGAAUUAUGGGAUGCAUUGGAUGAAAAUUUUGGUGUUUCUGAUGCUGGGAGUGAGUUGUAUCUCAUGGAGCAGCUUUACGACUAGAAGAUGGUAGAGGACCGUCCUGUUGUUGAACAAGCUCAUGAGAUACAAGCUCUGGCAAAGGAACUCGAACAAAUGGACAAGACCUGUACAUGCGCGUUGCCUGACAAGUUUGUGGCCGGCGGUAUCAUCGCAAAGCUGCCACCUUCUUGGAAGGAUUUUGCUACUUCUCUAAAGCACAAGAGGCAAGAGUUCAGCGUGGCUGAUCUCAUUGGGACUCUUGAUGUUGAGGAGAGGGCGAGAGCAAAGGAUACACGCGGGAAAGGCGUCGAGUCCUUUAGUGCCAAUG